AUUCUUUCUCAGAGAGAUGCUUUGUCUUCAUCACAUUUUAAUCAUUUUGAGAUUACGUAAACUAUGGCUUCCCUCUUUGUAUCUACUCCCUCUUCAUCUUCCUUAACUCUCCACUCCUGUCACAGUUCUCCUUUUCGUGGCAUUAACAAAUCAAUAUCACUGAAACUUGCAAAACCUGUGAAGCGGAGUGCAAGACGCAGCACUCAUUUGAGAUUUUCACCAGAAGAUGAUCGAGUUCGCGAGUCUGCCAACGAUGCUUCCUCUCCCGUGGCGAUAGCUGAGGAGCAGAAGGAGGACCAGUCUAACAACAAUGUACCGCCGUCUCCUGAAAACAGUGAAGAAGAUGAAGAGAAAUCGAAGCAGCAAGAGAUGGACUGGAAGACGGACGAGGAGUUCAAGAAGUUCAUGGGGAAUCCAUCAAUAGAAGCUGCUAUAAAGCUUGAGAAGACAAGAACUGAUCGUAAGCUAAAAGAGCUGAACAGAGAGAGCAAUAAUGAGAAUCCUAUCAUCAGAAUAUUCAACAGCUUAGCUCGUGAUAGUUUGGUUAGAGAGAAAGAAAGGCUUGAGAAAGCAGAAGAGGCUUUCAAGGCUCUUGAUCUCAACAAGUUAAAGAGCUGUUUUGGCUUCGAUACGUUUUUUGCCACGGACGUUCGUCGGUUUGGAGAUGGAGGAAUCUUCAUUGGGAAUCUGAGGAAACCCAUUGAUGAGGUCACACCUAAGCUUGAAGCAAAGCUUUCUGAAGCUGCAGGGCGUGAUGUUGUCGUAUGGUUCAUGGAAGAAAAGUCGAAUGAGAUCACAAAACAGGUGUGUAUGGUGCAACCCAAAGCGGAAAUAGAUCUUCAAUUUGAAUCGACUAGAUUAAGCACUCCUUGGGGUUAUAUCACUGCAAUCAGUUUAUGUGUUACAACCUUUGGAACCAUAGCUCUUAUGAGUGGUUUCUUCCUUAAACCAGACGCUACCUUCGAUGACUACAUUGCCAAUGUAGUUCCACUCUUUGGUGGGUUCCUUUCCAUCUUAGGCGUCUCAGAGAUAGCAACCAGAGUGACAGCUGCACGACACGGUGUCAAACUAAGCCCGUCGUUUCUGGUGCCGUCGAACUGGACUGGUUGCUUAGGAGUUAUGAACAACUACGAGUCAUUGCUUCCUAAUAAAAAGGCGUUGUUUGAUAUCCCAGUGGCGCGUACAGCUAGUGCGUACCUGACUUCGCUUCUUCUUGCAGCUGCUGCGUUUAUAUCUGAUGGUAGUUUCAACGGAGGAGAAAAUGCUCUGUAUAUAAGGCCACAGUUCUUGGAUAAUAACCCGUUACUUUCGUUUAUCCAAUUUGUUGUUGGUCCUUAUGCGGAUGAUCUCGGCAAUGUAUUGCCAAAUGCAGUCGAAGGAGUUGGAGUUCCUGUUGAUCCUCUCGCUUUCGCUGGUCUUUUAGGUAUGGUCGUUACUUCAUUGAACUUGUUACCAUGUGGGAGACUAGAAGGAGGUCGGAUCGCUCAAGCAAUGUUUGGAAGAAGCACAGCUGCAAUUCUCUCAUUCACAACGUCUCUCCUUCUCGCUAUCGGAGGUCUCAGCGGAAGCGUUUUGUGUUUAGCUUGGGGACUCUUUGCAACUUUCUUCCGUGGUGGUGAAGAAACGCCUGCAAAAGAUGAGAUCACCCCUCUUGGCGACGAUAGAUUCGCUUGGGGGUUAGUCCUUGGACUCAUCUGUUUCCUCACUCUUUUCCCCAACAGUGGUGGUACUUUCUCCACUUCCUUCUUCAAUGGACCUUUCUUCCGUGGUGAUGGUCUCUAAAAAAGGUUUAGAUUAAAGAUGUAGAAACAAGUAUUGUAAGAAAAAAAUCAAUUAUUAUUAUAGAAGGUUACAUUGUUGUAA